AUGUCAUUUAGCAGAAUGUAUCCUACCCCUCAAUGAUGUUGCCUGCCAAACUUGACCACUUGGGUGAGUUACUGACUGAAUUAUUUGCAUCAAGUGGUACAACCAUAGCCCAGCACUAAAGCAACAGAACAUAGUCUGGCCAAGUGGAAAUCGUCAUCGUAGAUCCAAUCUCGGAAACCUGAGAGAAUUCUUCCCACAUUGUUUACCAGGAUUUGAUUCCAAGAGUGCUACCUUGUUCUCUAUUUAAGCUUUUUUUUAUUCUUCUUUUUUACAACCAGCCAUUAGAAGGGCUUAAAGAAAUGGAGGCAGGGCAAGGGAAGUUGGAAGUUUUCAUCACUAAGAAGAGCAUUAUUAGAGCAAUCAAUAGCUUGCCAAAACCUCAGAUACUAACCCUAUCAAACCUUGACCUACUUUCGGGCCGAUUUCCCGUCACAUACUUGUAUUUCUAUCCUAACCCUGAAGCUGCCAGCUUUACCUCUAUCAUUGAGUCUGUAAAAUGCUCCCUUGCUGAAACUCUAAGUUACUACUAUCCCUUUGCUGGUCGAAUUGUUCAAAACCCAGUUACUGCUGAGCCCGAAAUCGUGUGCGACAACAAUGGAGCUCUGGUUGUAGAGGGCCAUGCAAAUAUUUCAUUAAAGAAACUAGAAUUUUACAAUCUUAAUCAAUGUUUACAAGGGAAACUUGUUUCUAUUAGCCCUGAUUUUCCUUUGCAUGUCCAAGUCACACACUAUACUUGUGGUGGCAUUUCAAUAGCAUUCAACUUUGAUCAUGCACUAGGUGAUGCAUCUUCUUUUGGCAAGUUCUUGCUCUCAUGGUCUGAAAUUGCUCAGAACAAGACAUUAUCUUGCAUGCCUAACCACCAGAGAAACCUUUAUCCACGUUACCCUCCUACUUACCACCCUUUCUUGGAUCAAAUUUUUGUCAAGUGUACCAUAGAAGAUAUAAUAAACAUGCCGACCACCAACAUCUUGCUUAAGCGCCUUUACCAUAUUGAUGCAUCCAGCAUCAAUAAGCUGCAGCAUAUUGCUUGCGCAAAUGGCAACAAGAGAACAAAAAUUGAGGCAUUCUCAGCCUACAUAUGGAAGAUAAUGGUUACAGCCAUUGAUAAGAAGCAUGAAAGGUGCAAAAUGGGAUGGUUAGUAGACGGCCGUGGCCGAAUGCAUGGAGCUCAAGAUCCAAUGUCAGACUACAUUGGGAAUGUAUUGUCCGUGACUGUUGGAGAGGCGAGUGUUGCAGAACUCAAACUAGGGUCCAUAUCAGAUAUUGCUGCCAUUGUCCAUGAAACAAUAUCAAAGGUCACCGAUGAGAAGCAUUUCCAGGAUUUAAUUGAUUGGAUUGAGUGCCAUAGGCCUGGUUUGAUGCUACCAAAGAUCGUACUAGGACGUGGCGGCCCAGCAGUUGUUCUGUCAUCAGGCAGAAGGUUUCCAGUAGCUGAACUGAACUUUGGGUUUGGCAGUCCUGUGCUAGGCACCGUCUGUUCUACCAUAGAAAAAAUUGGAGUUGGCUACUUUAACCAAAGACCAAGUGCUCAAAAUGAUGGGUCAUGGACCGUGUCAGCCAUCUUGUGGCCAGAACUAGCUGCUGCCCUGGAAUCAGACCCCAUUUUUGAACCCAUGUCAGCUAAUCAUCUUCAACUCUAAUGCUAUUUUCUGAACUUGUUUAUUUACGAAAGAAUCACUUGUGUCGGAAAAUGUAGUGCAACAAUGAGGAACAAACAGCUAUAUUCUACGUAUAUUUUGUAUUAAGCAUCAUCUCAUAAUGCUAGAUUAUGCAGUACGAAGCUAUUUAUUUAA